AUGGCUAGAAAAUCUGCUGCUAAAAAGGCGAAGUUGGCCGCACAGAAAAGUGGAAACCAGAAAUCAGUAACUGAAACUUCACUUGAUUCCAAAGAUGGUCAACAGGGUGGGGUGGACAUAUCAAAAAAGCAGCAUGAUGACAGUGAGGAUCAAGAAGAGUCUGAGGAAGAUAACUCUUCAGAGUCGUCCUCUGAUCUGGAAGAUGAAGUUGGUGAUCUAAUCACUGAUGAAGUAGAGCAAGGAAUCAACAAGGUUUUAAGUGCCAUCAAAUCUAAUGACAAAUCCUUGUUUGAUCCCAAUGUGAGAUUUUUUGAGGAUCCUGAAAAGGCUGUCGAAAAAUUAGAUCUCAAGAAAGAAUACAAACCUCUUUACCUUAAAGAUUACCACAGAAAGAAUUUGUUAGGUGAGGCCCAGGAGUUUGAAGAUGGAGAAAAGCCGUAUGUCAUUGAACAACGUGAUGAGAGAGAUAAGUUGUUGAAUGAGAUCAAGAAAGAGGUUGAAUUUUCAGGUAGACAGGAGAACGAAGACAGUGAUGAAGAUGAAGACGAUGACUUUUUGAAACGCAAAGAAAACGAAAGAACUGUUGAGGCUGCAGAUGACCUGCCAGAUCCUUCCGAGAAUCAGGAGGAGUUUUUGGACAAAUUCAUCAGUAACCAAGCUUGGAUUCCCAAAGAAGCUGAUAAAGAAAUUGAUAUGGAAGAAGAUGAUGAGGAGUUUGAUGAAGCGGUAGAGCAAUUCGAACAAGCGUACAACUUUAGAUAUGAGGAUCCUCACGCCGCUGAAAUUGUCACUUAUGCUAGAGAUCAAGCCACUCUCAGAAGAGGACAAACAAAUAGUAGAAAGAAACAGAGAGAAAUUAAGAAGCAACAGAAACUCGAAGAGAAACAGAACAAAGAAAAGGCCUUGCAACAGAAAAAGCUCAAAAAAAUCAAUUUAGUCACUGACAGAUUGAUGAAGAUCAAGAGGGAAGUCGGGGAAGGUGUAAGUGAAGAUCUUAUCAAGAAGGUAUUUGGUGAAGAUUUAAUGAAUGAUGAUUUCAAUGAUGCCGACUGGGACCAAAAAAUGUCUCAGAUAUUUGAUCAUGCGUAUUACCAGGCUGAAGUCACGAAGCCUACGUGGGAUGAUGAUGAUGAGAUAAUGGGUGAAAGCUACAACAAUGACGAAGAGCACAGUGAUGAAGGAAGUGAUUCUGAAGAAGAAGAGGAUAAUAUAAAUGCUGAUGAAUUAGAGUCUGUGAAGUUAAAAGAAAAAGGCUUCUCUUCUGACAAAGCUAAAACGAAUAUAAAAUCAAAGAACGAGAAACAGAGUAUCAAAGAAACAGCAGAAAAAAUCGUUACACAGAACAGUUCCAAAUUAUUAGAUGAGCUUGAUGAAGAAAGAGGCAGAACAGCAACAUCUUCUGACACCAUCAAGUUCACUUAUAGAGAAGUCUCUCCGGAAUCAUUUGGUCUUUCAAACAGAGACAUUCUUAUUGCUGAUGAUUCCCAAUUGAAUCAAUUUAUUGGUAUCAAAAAACUGGCCCCUUACAGAGAGAAAGACCAAAGGGACAGGGACAAAAGAAAGUAUGGAAGACAGAAGCGUCUAGGUGAAUGGAGAGAGAAAGUGUUCAAAGAUUUUGUAGUCAAGGAAGAUGGUGACGGUUUGAGAUUCAGAAAGAAGAGAAAACAUAAAUAG